AUGCUGGUUGUCACAAACAUGCUUGGAUUUCUUGCCCCAUUUCGUUCCCAAUGCUAUUACUUGCAAGAGUUUCAUGGCCGUCAUUAUUCAGGACCCAAGGAAUUGUUUAACCAUCGACAUUCGUCAUUACGCAAUGUCAUAGAAAGAUCAUUUGGGAUUCUGAAGAAGCGAUUCCUAAUAUUGCGGUCCAUGCCAAAUUACAAGUCUACAAGAGAAGGCCCUCUCGUGAUUGCAUGUUGUGUACUGCACAAUUGGAUCCGUUUGCAUGCAGAUAUGGAUCCAUUCUUUAUGGAAGCUGAUAAUGAAAUGGCGGCAGAAGCAGAAGCAAACGGGCUUGUUGGAGACGAAGCUGACUAUGUUGACAUGUCACAACAUGGGUUAACGUACAAAUCUAACUUUAGAGAUGCAAUUGCUACUGCUAUGUGGCAAAAUCAUGUUGGCCAUGGAUAG